UAUUCGGCACAAGCCUCAAUGAGAGAGAACUCUCGCGCUCAUUUAAUACGCUUCAAAGGGAACUUCAAACAUAAAAAGUCGUCCAAAACAGCAGAAUAUUUUUGUAAACUCAAAACUUUUACAUUGCGGUGACAAUCCUCCAAUUUACGAGGAAACACUGGACUUGUAAAGCGCAUAUCAACGCGUUGGAGAUGCAAAGAGCGCGUGAGCUCGACACAUCCACGUCCGUGACAAUUGCACCUGAUCGUUGGUAUCACCUCGAAAAACGCCGUAUUAUAAAGGGCUCUGUUCUUCUGUGAAUACGCUGUGAUGCUCUUGACCCCAAUGGGCAAAAAGUCUUCCAGAGAAUGAAGCUCAGAGUCUUGGCUAGAACUUAUUUAUUUGUCCUGUCUUAUUUGGCAUCAAUCUGGAUGGUCUGAACAAGUACAAGAAGAGUAUGGCCAAACCGUUCUACAGACUACAGCACUUCUUAAGGCAGGCUCAGUUGUUCCUUCUCUUCCUGGGCGUGGCUUAUAUCAUGGCAGGAAGUGUGUUACUGCUUCAGCGAUCCAGUAUGGUAACAUUUCAGAGAGAAACAGAUACGAUCGCACUCCCCUCCCUACUGGCACCACCUCAAACCCUGGAGGUACCUGGUGCAAGAUGGUUCUACAGGAGGAAUGGUGCCAGAGUAAUUCAGGAUGUGGAGAACCGACCUCUUGAUCCAUCAGGCAGCAGAAUGGACCAGAGCCGCCUCGUAUCUCGUAGCCUGGAGAUCAGACAUCUGAGACGCCAUUGGUUCCACAGCAAUGGAGCUGAACAGCAAAGCUCAGCUGAACGCAAUCGAUUACAUAAGGAAGCCAGACAUAAAGGGACCUAUAUUGGGUGUUUCAUAAACAACGAAACAGAGCAUGCACUUGGUGGGACCAUCCUUUACGACUUCCGUAAAAUGACCAGCGCUUUGUGUCAGGACACCUGCUCAGAGAGUGGGUUUCAUUAUGCUGGGCUGGAAUAUGGAGCGGAGUGCCAUUGUGGUAAUCGUGUUUGUGCCCGUCGGGCUCGGGGAGAGGACUGCAAUCUGGAGUGCAGGGGGGAGAAGGGCUCCCCCUGCGGAGGUGUGGGCCGUCUGUCUGUCUACAGAGUUGAGGAUCGGCUUCCAGGACAGAAGAGAUACAGAACGGUCCACUACCACGGCUGUUUCAAGAGGUCAAAGAGCUCUACCACUGAAUUCCUGAUUCAGACCUCUGUGACGACACAUACGCCUCUACAUUGUAUAGAGACCUGCACAGAUCAGGAGCUGCCGUUGGCUUUAUUGACAGGGCGGGACUGUUUUUGCAGCCACGCCCCCUUUCUCUUCACAAUGCAGAUGAGUGAGCAGGAACACGUGUGUGGGAGGGGCAACCAAACAAAUCGCACGUCCACUCAUGACCUUGACUACUUUUGGGUCUACAGCACACCUGUGCUAGAUAAAAAAUGCAAAGAACGGACAUUUCUGCCCCAGAAAUCUAGCACCCUUGUAGCCCUCUCUAGCUUUCCAGGGGCAGGAAACACCUGGUUACGUCAUUUGAUUGAGCUGGCCACUGGAUUCUACACUGGCAGUUAUUACUUUGACGGUUCUUUAUACAACAAAGGUUUUAAAGGAGAGAAGGAUUACUGGCAGAGUGGGAGAGUCAUCUGCGUCAAGACUCAUGAGAGCGGCCAGCGAGAGAUUGAAACGUUCGACUCUGCCAUUCUGCUAAUGCGAAACCCCUAUCGCUCUCUGAUGGCAGAGUUCAACCGCAAGUGUGCCGGACACCUGGGCUAUGCGUCGGACAUUCACUGGAAAAGCAAAGAAUGGUCGGAGUUUGUGGAUAGUUAUUCCUCCUGGUGGGUGUCUCAUGCUCUGGCCUGGCUGCGAUUUGCCCAUCGCCUGCUUGUGGUACAUUUUGAGAAUCUUCAAAAAGAUCUUGUCCCUCAGUUAAAGACUAUUACCGCUUUCCUGAACAUCAGCAUUCCAGAGGAAAGACUUGUAUGUAUGGAAAGCAACAGAGAUGGGCAUUUUAAACGCUCUGGAUCUCAUGGUCUAUCCUUUGAUCCCUUCACCCCUGAGAUGAGAGCUAGUAUAGAUGAGCACAUCCACACAGUAGAUAAAGCCCUCAAAGACAGAAACCUCAGCGGCCUACCACAGGACUACAUGCCCAGAUGAGACUACAUGAUUCACAGAUAUUGCCCUUUACUGGAGGGGAGAAAAACAGAACCAUGAAGUGCCUGGAUGCCUUUGGAAUGUUUUAUUAUGUCCACCGUUUGCAAGUGCUUUUGUUUGUGGUUUUGUUGUCAGCAGUCUUUUUUGCCCAUGGAGCCCAUGUCUAGUCUGUACGUAGUGUCAUUAAAGUUAUUAAUUUGGAUAAUUUUAAGUAACAGUUUUAAUAAAUUAUAAUCUUAACCUUCAAGUUAUUAUAAAAUACUGAGGCAGGCUUCAUUUAUUUUCUGUAUUUAUUUGUCAAUAACAGUCUGUCACCUGUGUUUCUUUGGAAUUUCAGUGUCAAGAUCCAGGUGGGCACAGGUACAUUCAUUCUAUAGCGAUGCAUCAUUUCAGAGGGAUGGUUCAGAGAAAAUGUUCCUUCAUAAGUAAAGAUGAAACAUUUUGUUCUUGCACAGCAAACAGCUUGUGUCCUUCACAACAUUAUAUUACUAUAAUGAAUCCAAUACAUAAAUAGAGGCUACAACACUUUAAAGAGCCUCAGUUAGAUGAAAGGCCCUUUGAAAAAGAAAAAAAA